AUGUAUUUUAAUUCGAAAUUAAAUUAUAGGUUUUGCAAUAAUAAAUAGUAAUAUGAGAUUCCAGAGGGUCUCAAAAAGUAGAUUCAGACUAGAGCUAGACAUAUGAUUGUUUCAUUCACUUUAGUAGUUUUUGGAGGAGUUCUUUUGGCAGGCAAACACACAUAUUAAAAAUUUUAUCCUAAGGACACUUAAAAACCCAAAGAGACUGAGAAAAUUAAUGAGGAAAAUUAAAUUUAAUAAGAGAAGCCAAAGUAAUGA